CGUAACGAGUGGUUGAUGGUAUCGGGGAUCGUGAAUUGUUUGUGGAUUGUCAUUAUAAUGACGCUAUCAAGUAGUAUAGACCUACAGGUGGCUGGGACAAAUCCUAGAAUAAGCUUGUUCCUUAUUGCAUUUGGAUUUUUGUUCGUUCUUCAAUUUCUCUGCAUGUUGGUUCACAGAUUUACCACGCCCUCCUACUUCCUUGCGCGUGCACCGUACAAGUUUGGACAAAAUUAUCGUACGUCCGUUGCUUUCCUCUCACGUGACCUAGACCCGGACGAUGAAGAUUUGGCAAGAGAAGCUAGGAGUUUAGAACUACAAAUUCUGGAAAGAAUGGAGAAAAAUCUUAGUUUAGGAAAACGGAAGCGGAGUACCAAUCACCAUGGCAACCAUGACAGUACUUCCGAGAAUGCAUCACUGCUAUCUAAUCAUGUUAAUGACGUUUAUCAGGGUAACCAAAAUACUGGGACAUAUGAUGCUGUGUAAAAGCCACUUGUUUGGAAUAACUGUUAAAACCAAUUGUGAUGAAAAAUGAAAAGCAAGACCGAUAUUGCAGAUAAAACAGUAACAUAAGAUUCGGUAUCAAACUGACUUGAUGAUCUGCGUACAUAUAUAAUAUUGAGUGUUUCCAAUAUUAAUGUACAUCUAACUAGCGCUGUUGAAAGAAAAAUAUGACACUGCUGGUAACUUUUUUUCUCGAUUAUACUGAAAUAGAAUGGAAAUUUAUAUAUUGUGUGCAAUAACAUUACAUAAUAUAUGCAAAACGUAAUCUUUUUGGAACAUUGUGUUCUAAAAUGUGGAAAAAUUUGUUUUAAA